AUGGCAAGGCUGAAGUUGAAGUUGUGGGAUAGUGUUGUGUCCGAUUGCGGCACAUGCCUCGAGCUGGCACCCGACAACCUAAAGGCCUUCUACUACCUCUCCCAAGCUCAGCUAGCCCUCAAAGACUACGACGAUGCCUUGGAAAAUGCGAAGCGUGCCCACGAACAAUGUGUUCUCACUGGUGAUAAGAGCUUAUCUGCGAUAACAGCGCAGGUACUCAAAUGCAAGAAGGAAAGGUGGGACGACCUAGAGAAGAGGCGACAGCGCGAAGGCAGCGAGCUCGAGACCGAUAUUGUCCUCCUGAUGGAACGAGAGAGAGAUGAGGCCGUUGCCUCCUGCGCAGGCGAGAGCGAUAGGCGGGAAGUCACCGCUGAGUGGGAGAGCAAAAUUGCGCAAACAAGGAGAGUGUUUGAAAAGGCGAGGUCGGCCGAAGACAAGAGGCGUAAUGUUCCUGACUGGGCUAUUGAUGAUAUCAGCUUUGGGAUCAUGGUCGAUCCAGUCAUUGUAAUCCUCUCCAAUGCCCUUUUCUCAUCCCUGGGCCUAGGCGACUGCUAA